UGUGAAGGAGGAGGGAGAGCUAGCUAUAAGAUUCCAAUUUUUGUUCACUCGUUCACCCAAUAAGAACGGCCUUGGCAUUUCUCUCAUCACACCUCUCAAACUUUAUUAUUUCACUCCCUUCCUCUCCUCUGUAUUUCAAUCAGAUUCCCAAACCCUCCUCCCCCAACUCACAUACAUUUUCUGUUCAUGCAAAAACGGCUGUUGAGUGCGUGAUCAAACCCAGCAGCAUGCAAACCAUGGCACAACCUCCCUCCCCACAAACGCAGAAAACCCAGCAGCACAAAGAGGAUGACCAGAAACCAUUGGUUUUUGAUGCCUCAGUUUUAAGGUACCAAACUGAAAUUCCGAGUCAGUUCAUAUGGCCCGAUGACGAAAAGCCUUGCAAAAAUACUCCCGAGCUCCGAGUCCCACUCAUAGACUUGGGAGGCUUUCUCUCGGGCGACAAAGAAGCUGCUGUGAAAGCCUCGAAACUUGUAGGAGAGGCAUGCCAGAAGCAUGGAUUUUUCCUCAUCGUGAAUCAUGGCGUCGACGACAAGCUCAUCGCGGACGCUCACCGCUGCAUGGAUGACUUUUUUGGAAUGCCACUCUCCGAAAAACAGAGAGCUCAAAGGAAAGCAGGGGAGAGCUGUGGCUAUGCCAGCAGCUUCACUGGCAGAUUCUCCUCAAAACUCCCGUGGAAAGAGACCCUCUCUUUCAGCUACUCCGCCAAAAAAGGCUCAACCAAUAUUAUCCAAGAUUAUUUUUGCAACAAAAUGGGAGAAGAAUUCAAGGAAUUCGGGAGGGUUUACCAAGAUUAUAGUGAGGCGAUGAGCACACUUUCUAUUGGGAUCAUGGAACUUCUGGGACUGAGCCUUGGAGUCGACAGAGCUUACUUCAAGGAGUUUUUCGAUGACAAUGAUUCGAUAAUGAGGCUUAAUUACUACCCACCGUGUCAGAAACCUGAGCAGACUUUAGGCACUGGCCCUCAUUGUGACCCAACUUCUUUGACCAUUCUUCACCAAGACCAAGUUGGAGGCCUUGAAGUCUUCGUUGAUGAUCAAUGGCACUCCAUUAGCCCUAAUUUAAAUGCCUUUGUAGUCAACAUUGGUGACACCUUCAUGGCUCUUUCAAACGGGAAGUACAAGAGCGGGCUGCACAGGGCAGUGGUGAACAGUGAAACACCAAGGAAGUCUCUUGCAUUCUUCUUGUGCCCGAGAGACGAUAAAGUCGUGAAGCCGCCGAGCGGGUUGGUAGAUACUUUGAGUCCGAGAAAAUACCCGGAUUUCACAUGGUCGAUGCUGCUGGAGUUCACAAUGAAGCAUUACAGAGCCGACGUGAAAACCCUGCAAGCCUUCUCAAACUGGGUUCAACAGAAAACCAACCAGAAACUGUGAGGAGAGAAAAUGACAUCAUUGAAGGAGAUGAGCAGUGGUGGUAGGCCUGAGAGUUUUGCUGAGAGUUGAAACACUUUGGAAAAUUAAGAACUAGGACAAAGGCAAAGUUAGAGGAAAAGCCAGUUUUUUUUCUUUUUUCUUUUUUUUUUUUCUACCGUUUCCGGGGGAAGUCUUGUAAUUAGCUAGCUAGUUUUCUUAGUGAAGAACAAAAAGCAAGACAAAAAAAGUGACACAAGGGAACCAAUAAACUACGAGCGGCUAGUUUUUUUUUGUACUUUUUCCUUUUAUAUUUUUAAUGUAGAAAGGUUUAUAUGUACCUUUACCUUU